ACUGGCGAAAAUGCGAACGUGGCGGGAUUCAUCGACCGCGUCCAGUGCUACUUGCUGGAGAAGAAUGGUGGAUCCGGCACGUCGGGAGACUACAAAACCCCGUACGCCGGCGACGCGACGACGCAGACGGCGAACGCGGCGUCGUACCCUCUGAGCUUCGUCGGAGGGCUUUGCAACGGUACCGCUCUGAUAGAAAACGACCCGCAUCUCACGGGCGCCCGCGGCACGCACUACGAUUUCACGGGGCAGCUCGACAAGUCUUUCUGCCUCCUCUCCGACCGUCAGUUUCACGUGAAUAUGCUUCUUAACGGGUACCAGGGCGCUCCGCCCGCACUUCCCGCGUCGGCAUCGUCAAUUAACGGCAAAGAUUCGAGCACGGAGCUGCACACGUGGAUUAAGGAGCUCGGCGUCGUUUGGAUGACGGCCGACGGCGCAAACCACACUCUGCGCAUCGUGGCGCGCAAGGGGAAGCAGCAGGAGCGUGGGUACGGCUUCGUUUCGCGGAUUGAGAUCGACGGAAAAGUGACUUCGCUGCCAAGCGUUGGCGAAACGAUUGCGACGGAAAGCGGACUGAUGGUUACCAAAGUCGCGGAGGAGAAGGAGGGACCGUUCGAUGUGGAUCAGUUUCAGGUGCGUGUGGUGGGGCUGGGGGAACUCGACGUGCGCGUGCGCGUGGCGCACCCGCUGCUGCAGACUCCGACGGAGGCUGAGGCGCACAUUAACGUCGAGCUGUCCGACGUCCAGAUGACGUCAGCCGUGCACGGCGUGCUCGGGCAGACGUUUAGGAACACGCCGGACAUCGCAAAAAAGUGGCAAUCUAAAAACCAUUCGAGGUGGAGCGAGGAUGCCGACUAUCUGCAGAACAUUCAAAUACCAUUCGCAGAACGUUCGCGUAGCAUUUGGCAGGGUUGAUUCCUUCCUACCCCGUUCCCUCC